UCUCUCUGCUAAUACGCUUUGGCAGGAGGCGGGAGAUAGAUGUAUUUUUCUCUCUCGUGGUAGGUUGUCCCUUGGUAACCAGCAGAAGGUUACGAGUUAAAGAAUUGGAUUAUUUGAUCAUCUGACUACGGAAGGGGAGAGAGUUGGACGGAGAAAAGAAGAACAUGAUUUUAUUUUGAACAUUUUUUAUUGCCCAGGCCGGCUCAUCUCACAGUUAAACGUGGCACUAGAGCGAUAGUUUGCUGUGUAACGAAUGGAAGACAAAAUAAGUUACAAAAAAAUCAAGUGAUUUGGUGUAUGAAUAUCGCUCAUGGAUAUAUACGACGAAGCUAAACUGAUCAUCUGACUGAAGAGGACUUGACACAGUUGUGUGGUCAACACCAGGGGCAGAAUUCUUAUUGUUGAAUGCUGCUGGGUCCGGUUAAAAUAAGAAACUUAAUGUACAUGUAAGAUCAACGUAAAGAAAACUUUGGAGUCCAUAACAUUAUUUUCUUUAUUGUUGUUUAUAUUAUUAGGAGUUGAAUUGCACGAAAGCAGACGGGCUCUGAAUUUCGAUACAUUUGUCUUUUUUACUUUAACGUUGAAUCAAAAAAAUAUGUAUUAUUUGAUUUGGUAGUCAGCUAGUUAACAGUUGUUGUUUUUUUUUUGUUUGUUUUUUUACUCGAUUGUGAGUGAUCAAUAAUGUAUUUCUAAAAAGAAAUGGCCGGUUUUGUCAUAGUAACACCGCUUUCAUUAUUUAUUAUGAGAAAAAAAGUUCAAAAAAAUGAUUGACAGCUGCAUAUUUUCAAAAUAUUUAAUUCAAUAUAUGUAUAUAAAAAAUAGCAAAUGCAUAAACGCUAGACAGUAUCUUUCAUUUUAAUAUUUAAGGCUGAGACAUAAUUUAAUUUACUACCAUGGGUACAAAAUUAUUAAUGUUGUACCCUAUAAGUGGGUGCUUUAGUUUUAUUGGUAAAAGUGUAUGUAUGUAACUAGGACUGGUGCUGUUGGGUUAAAGAAGAACACAUAUCAACUAGCUAUAAACAGUGUUGUUUUCAAGCUAAUUAAAAGAACAGCAAACAAUAAAGUUAUUUUAGAUCUAAAAGAAGGGCGGCAGUAAAUAAGGAAGCCGGUGAAAAUGGCCGGCGACUGCGUAUACAACAAACACAAUGCUAAAGAGGCGACUUGUUUUAGUAACAAACAUUUGUUGGACUGCAAGCAGGAAGCUGGAGAAGAUGUUGCUAUCGAUUCCGCGGGGGGAAAAGCCCUGUCCUCCCCUUUCUAUGAGGUUAUAGACGGAGUACUGUAUCGCAAAAAGUUGGAGAAAGGAUACAUCAAUUACAGAGAAGUGCUGGAUACAGAUAGGAGACUCGGUGCUAUUGCAACUUUUCAUCAGAAGAGAAAUGGAGCGCAGCACCACACCUUGGAGGAGACCUACAGAUAUGUGGCGGAAAACUACUGGUGGGAAGGAAUGUUUUUUCCCAUUCGGGAUUAUGUCCUAGGAUGUAAGGAAUGCACAGGAAGAAGGAUGGGGAUGCAUGGGUAUGAAGAAACUAUUACCAAAACAUUAGUUUCCCAUGGGACUGACGUUCUUAAAAAGUUGAACAGCCAGCGUGAUGAAGGUCUAUUCUGUGACAUAACCUUGAUUGUGGAUGGAGCCACAUACUCUGCACAUAAGGCAGUGCUUGCAGCUGUCAGUGAAUACUUCAAGGAAAUGUUUACAGAAAUGGAUUCCACAUCCAAUCAUAAGUCGGCAGUUGAUCUAACUGGUUUCAGCCCGGACAGUUUUCUGCCAUUGCUGGAGUUUUCAUAUACCUCCACUCUGUCUUUGAAGCUGGAGAACCUUACAGAGAUCUGUGCUAUGGCCAGGCACUUCAGGAUGUGGUCGGUGGUUGAGUUGUGCAAAGGCAUUCAGAAAGAGCAAGUGGACAUUAAGGACUAUUCAGGGAUACAGCGCGUGGGGGUCAAACACUCCAUCUACACUCCAUCUCCUACCUCUGUGGAAAUCUCUGGCAUCACGUCUAUAAUUAAGAGCCAGCAAGACAGCCCACCUUCUCUCGGAAAAGACGAGAAAUACAAUAAUGAAACUCCAAAUAGUCAGGAUUAUAUGGAGAAUUCCAGAUGCCGCUUUAUGGAAUCAAACUUUAAGGAUUCUGCAAAGAGCAAAGCGCACGUUUUGGAGAAUAGCUUUAAAUGCACAUUGGGAACAUCGGAAGAACUGAGUACAGGCAAGUUGCCCAGGAAUUACUCAUCACUGCAGAAGGCAGAUAAGCAAACCAUCAGCACUCCCAUGAAACGGCUGAAGUUGUUGGAUUUCAAGUCUCCAUCUAAAAAAAGAAAGUCUUCUCCCAAGAACCUUACUUGUACAAAAAUAUCUCCUAGCCAUCAGAAUCCAAACUGGGCCAUGGCUUCUCCAACGCAAGACAAAAAGGAGAUUUCUUUACAGGGCAUCACAACCACUCCUAUCCAAGCAAACUACAAGAAGCAGUUAUGUUUUUCUCUUCCAGACGAGUGCACCCAAGAAAGGCUGGAAAUCUGUGCAGAAACAUUCAAAUCUCCAGUUAAGACAGAGCCUGUGGAAGAGGAGGUGCAGUCUCCCAAUACAGUAGAAAAAUACAAGCUGCUCCGUGUGUUGGGUCUGCAGCGCAAAUCCUUGAUUGUCUGUGGAGAGGAGUUGACAGGAUGGAGGCAAAAGAAACGUCUCAGGAAGCUUAAAGCCUGCAGCUAUUCCCUGACCACCAGACGAAAAAGGAGCACGGGUAACCUUAACUCAGGAGAACACCGUGAUGACAAACAAAGCCUUCCUGAGGGGAAGAUUAACCUGGGAAUAAUUAAAGCUGAAAAGACAGAAUCUGAAAUAAGCCCCGUGCACAGGCAUAAGGUUAUGUCAAGAAGGCGAGGCUAUGGUUGGACUACAAGAAGCAAAGUUGCAUCAGUUAAAUUGAGGGUAGCUGCUGAACAAAAAGCCCUGCAAACCAUUCAUAGUGCAACAGAGAAAACUACUGUCGGAUGCAAUAGAGGCAGGAGCUCCAGACUAGAAAGUAGACAGCUACCAAGCGUUCGACAUGGAAACGUUCAGAUUAACAAGCACAUUAAAAAAGAAAUGCCGGCUAAGCAGAGUGUCUUUACAGAUAACCAUGUCAGAAGUAGACGCUUAGGUCUUGUACAUUCAAACAAGCCAUCGUUUUUACCUGUUCAGGUAAACAAUCCAAUUGCUGAAGAGUGUUCUUUGGAGGAUCUUUCCAGGGGAAGCACAAAUAAAAACAUUAGGAUAUUGAGGAGCAUCAGGCAGACAGAAAAGAUUAAUGAAAAGUAUGUUGGGAAGAAAGCUGCCCUGGUAGGGGCAAGACAGAAGUUGGAUUGUCAACCACUUCAGAAAGGACGCACUCCAUCAAAGAGUCCUUUUUUUUGCAACAAAGAAGUGGGAAAAGCUGUGAAGCAAACCAAAUCUGGGAAUGCAGAUGCCAGGAACCAAAGAUUUAGAUCAAGCACUUGUAAAGUUCAGCUUUCUUCAGGGCUGGGUAAACGAAAGAGAAAGCCCAGUCAAAAACUAUUGGAUGCUGGGUUUUUGUUUAACUUGCACAGGCCAGAAAGCACAAAAGAGGUGGCUGGCAGCAGCACAAAGAGGGACAGUAAAAAACAUGAACUCUGUCUAACAACCACCUCUGUCUCGAAACUAAGUUCCAAAAAGAUAAGUGGCGGUGGGCCUCAGACUUCAGAAAUUCUGGGUAGAACUCGCGGGGCAAUUAAAAAUGCGGAAGCUGUACUGGUUCUUGGGAGGAAGUUGCUGAAGGUCAAAGGCAACAGGCCUUUAGUUAAGAGAAGUGAGUCCUAUUGGUCAGCUGACGGUAGAAGUGGAAAGUGCAACAUUGACCGUACUGCUUCAAGAAAGAUGGCUAACGUACAAUUACUGGCAGACCUUGGAUCUACAUUUGACUACACGGAUGGACUACCAAAGAUUGUAGACAUGAAGACCAGACUGCCCAAGUUUGCUGAAGUGAUUAAAAGGACUCGUGUGAAGCGGCUAAAAGCUCGAGUUUCAACAAAUGGCAGCUGCAGCAGCAUCUCGGUGUCUUCACACACCUGCUCUGAAUGUAAAGAUUCUUUCAAAAACUGUGACUCUCUUAUCAUGCACAAAAUAAGACACAUAGAAGGAAAACAUUGGCCUUGUCCGCUGUGUAAAAAAACUUUCUUCAGGCAGAAAAACGUGCAGAACCAUAUUCGUACUCACGAUCAGAUGCUCUACAGAUGCAAGCAUUGUAUGAAAUAGCAGAGAGAAAGAGGGCUGACUCUAAAGGGUUAGGAGGAGAUGUCCACCGGGGACAGAACAUCGCAUUUCUAAAGUUGAGGUGUUUGUUUUAAGAAGACUAUGACUUGUAAACAACUAUUACUAUACAACAGUGUUGUGGAAAUCCCAGUGUUUGUGUAAUUACUUGAACUAAAUAAGCCAAAACUUCAAACAUGAACCCUGGGAAGAUGGGCUCUCGAAGUAAACAUUUGCAGAAAUGUAAACAAAUUAUUUAUAACAUUUUAAUGGAUCUGUUUAUUAAUAAAUGUUAAAUUGCUCAAUGAUUUUAACCUAAGAUGCAUGAAUUUCUAGAUGCUGAAAUUGAAGAAUGCUGGGUAUACUUGAAGGGACAGACAUUACAACUCUAGUUUCUGUGUCUUUGUAUAAUGGUCAUAAUUGUGUUUUUUUUGACUGCAGUGUUCUGUCAUGUCUGCCUAAUAAAAGAGAGACUGUUUAAGUGAG